UCAAUGGUAAAACUUCGGCUUGUUAUGUGGAUAGUUCAGGUAAAGGAAUUUCUAUUGGCUCAAUUCAAAUUGGUCCUUACUAUGACGGAAAUUCAAUAAUAUUAAAUUAUACAGAUGGAGAUAAUUGUACCAAUUUUUUGAAGUGGUCAACAGUUAUAAACUUAACUUGUUCUAAUGAUACGAAUCUCAUACACAAAUCAACAAAUUACACUUUAUGUACCCAUGCAUUUCAUUGGAAAACACCUAAAGCAUGUGAAAUAUCGUUUGAAAGAAAAGGUCAAUGUAUGGUUACAUACCCAUUUGAUUCUCAAACAGUGUACAAUAUUAGCAAUCUAAAAGAUCAGACUUUUGAAAAACACAUUGAAGAUAGCGCAUCAUUUCGAUUUAGUAUUUGUGGUCCAUUGCAAAAACCAUGUAAUGGUAUUUUAGAUUCAGCAGCAUGUUGGUCAGUUGGUGGUACUGAAAUGAAUAUAGGGAUAUUUACUGAAGAGAUAGUGUUUGAUAAUGGUUCCAUCUGUAUGUCCAUGCAUGGAGAAAAAUGUGUUAAUAAUGGACAGGGACCUAACAGUCAUACUAUUAUUAGAUUUGUGUGUGAUUUUUCAGAUUCAAAUUGGAUUGAGUACAAGAAGGAUUUUGAAGAAUGUACUUUUGAAUUCAUUUUAUAUACAAAAUAUGCAUGUACACCACCUUUAAAAGUUAAUUGUAUCGUAGAUGAUCAACUAGGAAAUAUUUUUGAUCUCGGUAAAUUAACUAAAUUGAACAGUAGUUAUGAAAUUAUCACUAACCAAAAGAAAACAAUUAUUUUAAAUGUUUGUCAUUCUGUUAUUAAUAAUGAUAUUAAUGGUGUUGACUGUCAAUUCAAUAGUGGAGUCUGUUUAGUCGACCAUAAUAAUUUAUUAUAUUCUAAUAAACGGUAA